CGAACGAACGGCAUUCGGGCGGUGGAACAAAACUUGCCUGCACUCGCCCGAAGCCGAACAGUCGGAAACUGCACGUUGCUCGGUUCGCAAACAAUUCGUCUAGGGGUGUUGUACGCGCGUACGCACCGCAACAUAAGCUUGCCGUCGUUUUUUGGGGCGUUUAAAGGGUGGCCACACAAAACAUUCGGUUCACAAGAAGAAGCAAAAAGAAAAAAAACCGUCUCCGUGUGUGUGGAACAACGUAUGUUUGUAAAAAGAAAAACCCCCCAACAAGCGAUACGAAGCGUCAACAGUGAAAUAUUGUGACGAAUUCUAGUGGUUCGCGAUGUGGCAAAACGCGUCCGGGUGAAAAAAAAUGAUCGAAUUGUUGUGAGAAGAAACAAAAAUCACACACACCAGCGAUCAUCGGAAGAAAAACCGAACCAGAAACGCGAAAUCACAAAACAAAAUGUACAUCUCAUAACGUUAAUUUAUGAGCGAGCAAAGAAAUCGUGCAAAAAAACAAAACACCGUGAAGCGAGUGAAUUACUAGUGUGCAGUGUGCAGCAAAACAAAGGGAAUCCAAAUCCAAAAACCCCAAUGGGAGAAAACAUACUUUAAAGCUCCCCCCGCCCGAAAAAUAAAGUAACGCAAAAGUGUGUAUCAUUCCUAACGCGUGUGCAUUUUUCUUCGCCAGCGACAAGAAGACAGAAGGUGCGAAGUAGAAGCAUUUUGGAGCAUUAGACCGCUAGUGGACAGUGAAGUUUUCGCCCAGUGGUUCCGCUUUUCGCGCGUGGGAAAUAAAACGGGGCCAAGUGCCAUACUUGUGGUUACCGUGGUGCGUCCACCAACUGAAUCCGGCAGGCGAAUAAAUUACCGAAGGUUCGACCCUCGCGUACAAGUGAAAUAAAGGCACGUUUGCGUUAUUCCAAACACACCGGCAGUAAUUACGUUACAAGUGCAGCACAAUUGCCACAAGACACAGACGGGUUGUUCGCUCCCAUUGUGUGUGUGAAGUGUGAAGUGUGUUGCCACUUUUCUGGUUUUGUCGGACGACAUUCUUUAGCGUGUGUGCGAAGUGUGCAGUGAAAAACCGGGGCCUCUAAUCGAUCUGUGAAACGCAUUGCAAAAUUCGGUGUGGCCCAUCUGUUUGCAACAAAUAAAUAUAUUUAGUUCCGAAGUUCCUUCCCGCACAAGUUCUAACAAGCGAAAAAGUGCAACCUAAGAAACGUUUGAAUUGCAGCGCCAAGCAAACGGGAUUUUCGUUUGGCAAUUAAACAAAUGUAGCUGCGAAUUGCGUUUUUCGGGACCGAAAAAUGUUGCCAACCGCCCGUUCGGUAGUGAGCCAAGCCUACAACAGAGGCAGUGAAACCGGUGCACAAUGUUAGCCAUAGACUGUCUGGUUGGUGGUCUGCUGCUCGGUUCGCUCGGUGUGAACACGCUGGCACUUGGUGCGUUCUGGACGACGCCAAGUCUACGCACCACCGCCAACCGGUUCGUGAUCAACCUGCUGAUAGUGAAUCUCGUCUGCUGCUUCAUCCUCGGACCGUCGCUGUUCCUGAAUGCGUUCACCGGUAAGACACCGCUGCCGACGCCACUGCCGGCUGCGGUUGAACCACCGUCCACACCGGCAGCACAUUACGAUGCGGCUGGUGGAGAGUAUGGCACCAGUACCGCGACGGUGGCACUGUUCCAGCGUGGCGAUGCGCCAGCUCCAACGAUAGCCCACCCAAACCGGACACGCAUCGUGCGGUGCUCCAAGAAUGGCACCAUGGGCAGCGUUGAGGAUGGUGCAAGUAAUUGUGAUAGGGCAGGGGAUGAUGGAGGUGGCACGGCGCAGGAAGAGGAAACGCCCUUCAUCCGGACCAGCCCGGUACACCCGGGACAGAACGAUGCACUACAUCCCAAUCUUACGCUCACAAAGAUUCGUUGCUGGGGGCUAGAUUUGGUGGUGGCACUCGGAGCCCUCUCGGUGCUUCUGGUGGUCGGUGACACCUGGUGUGCCAUUACCGAUCCGUUGCGCUAUCACUCCCGCAUCUCGGAGCUGAAAGCGUGGGCAUUCAUCAUCGCCAGCUGGGCACUGGGGAUCGCGUUCGGUAUUGCGUCCGGCUUUCGGGGCGAUCAGAAGUACGUUACACUGUUCAAGAACCGGCUCACGGCGGAGGAGGUCGCCGCCAUCGAAUCUAGUCACUGGGCCCGAAACCAGACCGGUACGAGCGGUGCAGCCGGUCUGCCCAACACCGAAGGUUUCAUCAACCACCUGAACAUCUCGGAAGAUCUGUACAAUACGAUCUUCUCGUACGCGUACUUCGUGAUCGUCAUAUUGAUCCCGUUCGCGCUCGUGUGCGCCAUGUACUGGCGGAUCUUCUCGGAGGCGCGCGAAAGUGGCCAACGGAUGCGACAGAACGGAUCCUCACCGUUGCUACAGAGUGCACUCAAUCUCGUCUCCGCACAGAAGCAUGCGGCCGCCGAGAAGCAGCUAAUGCUCGACCAGACACAACAACCGCCCCAGCAACAUCCGGUAAUACAGCCGCUGCCGAGCAUUCCAGAACGACCAGGUGAGAAAGGUGAUUGUGAAGGUCUUACCAUGAAGAUCGACAAACAGAUUCACUACGAGGACGAAACGAUCACGAUCAGUAGUAUACCGCAUCAUCAUCACCAUCAUCAACAGCAGAGGGAUUCGUGCCUGAAGCCACUGCUGCAACAGUCACCUGGUCCAACUCCGACGCACAAACCAACCCCAUCGCAGCAGCAUGAUGCCUCCCUAGAUCGUCCCGAUCGAAGUCCACAGGUGGUUCAAAUAGCGACGCCAACAUCCGCCACCGUGGCGGCACUACCGAGUGUGCUCAAGUCACCACUGCGACACGAUCGCAACCAUAACAGUAUUCUGAUGCAGCAGCUCCCGUCGGAGAGCAGUGCGAGUGGACCGAUCCCAACACAUCCGGGAUCGCCAGCCAUUGCUCUGGGGAAGGUGCGCCGCAAUCACAGUGCGGGCCGGUUGGUAAGCUUUAGCCAGGAGGAACCAUCCGAAAUCCCGAUCGGUGGACUGCGGCAGGUCCAUUCGACACCUAACUUCCAGAAGUACAGUGCCGGAGAGUUCGAAAGUCUCGGUACGCAUCACAUCCUGUCGUUACCGGCGGUGCACGUACCGCCAAAAGCGCUCAGCUACAUGACGUCCAUCCGGCACCGGCUGUCGAACGCGUCCUCGCUCUUCAAAUACCGGGAGGAGUCGCGUGCCGCCCGGAUAAGUAUUCUCGUGAUCAUCAUGUUCCUCGUGUCGUACCUACCGUACGGUAUUCUGGUGCUGAUGCAGGGCCACGUCGAUCUGAUCAUCGUGUCCGAUCAGGCCCUGCUGGCGAUCUUUACCGUGGUGAUCGCGAACCUCAGCUCACCGUUCAUCUUCGCCUACCGCAACAAGCGUGUCCGGCGCGGCGUUAAGCGGCUGCUCGGGAUCGAUAAGAAGACGAACGAGCGGCUCCAGAAGCUGACCACCAGCAACACACACUUCAACAACCAUCCAGCAGUGCAGCAGCAGCAGCAACAGCACCAGCAUCAUCUCGGUAACUAUGGUGCAAACAUCACGAUGGCCAAUGCCGUCGGGCAGGAGGAUGAUGUGCCGGAGGUGGUAACCACCGGCGGUGCCAGUGGUCACAAGUCAUCGCACAAGGUGCGCAUCGCCGGUGCCGGCAGUGUCGGUGGCGGACUGACGCGCAGCAAUAGUUCAUGCAAGUAUCUCACGCCAAAUCACGCGGCGGCCGUGGCCGUGGCGAACGGGUACAUAGUCGAGUUCGAGCGGUAUCCCUCCGACGAGCUCAAUAGUCUCUGCAUACAGAAGAAAUCGAUACUGAAACGGGUCUGUGAUAGUUCGCGUAAGUGGGGCUGCAACUUUGCCACCAAUUCCUGCACCAGCAACGACGAGCAGACGGAGGUAUAGCUAUAAAGAGAGCUCCUGAUUUAGGGAGAUCGAUUAUAGUGGCAGGAACGGGAACAGUAGCAGUGGUUAGGUUAGAGUAUGUGCACGGUGCCAAAAACCAAAGCGCUGAAGCAGACAUUGAGAACACGCAAAACGAGGAUCUUGAGGUUCUUGAUUCGUAUCCAUCCAUACAUCUCUCAUCGCUUUAUUUAUUUUACCCUCCCGCCAAAUGUGUCCUCCUUCAUUCCAUUACAUCCACUUUAGAAUUCCCAUUCAAAGUUCCCAACUAAUACCAAAAGAUGUAUAUUUUGCAAUAGGUCCCCAAUUAUUGGUUGCAUCCAAUGCUGACGUUUAGCUUCUUGGAAUAUGAUAACGAAUGCAGCUAGUGAAUGUUUCAAACACAUGCAUUCUUUUUCCUCCCCAAACAAAAGCCUCUGCUUAGACGUCAUGUUUUGUAAUUCUUGAACGUUUCUACUUGCUCCCAUCACCAUCACAAGUGGGUAAAAUCCUUACAACAUUAAAGCUCACAUGAAAAGCUCACUCGCCACUACCCACGUGGUGCGAAUUAUUGUUUUCUAUUCCAUUUUUAAACCUACUCACAAUUGUUGUUUCAUUGCCGCGGAGUAGCCAAUAGUAAACCGUGCUAGCGUGCUAACAGGAACUCUACACUUUACCAACAUUGGGCUCAUCCGGGACGCACUGGUUUCGUUGUAGUGUUUGACCGCGUGCACGUAAUGUGAGUGGGGCACAAACAAAUGAUGAUAGUGUACGGAAGAAGCCGGCUUUGAAACCGGCCAGUUCUCACGUUGACAAACCGUGGCUGCGCGUAAUGGCGCCGCCUGCCAUGUGUCACACAUCUCUCACAUCGCGCGGCACGUGGGGAUUAAAAUAGGACUUUCUGGGCAGUGUCGGGCUAGCUUAGAACAGGUCCCGUUCUACUUAUGGGACGCACAUUCGCUGACAUUCGUUGCGUACACGUUGCGUUUUGACGCAACGCAGCAUACGUAACAUUAAAACGAGAAGUCCCCCCAAAAAAAAAACAGGAGAACCGGUACGUUUUGCAUCAUAUCCCAUCCGAAAGUGGCUUGCAUUUAAAUGUGAUUUUACUAAACUUUCAUUGAAAGUAUAGGUGUAAUUAGCAUGACAAUUGUACCGACAAACUCAACGGAGGUCCUUUCCGACUGAAAUUAGAUUCCAAUGGAUAGCGAGAUUGUGCAGGGGUUAAGCAUGAGUUCGAGGCUCUAUCUCAUGCAUGAUAAACACAUAAAACAGGCACACAAAGUGAACCAACGAUAACAUCCGACUUCAUUAGCACCAGCACCAGUUCAAAUGGUAGGAGUGGGGGGCGGGGGGUGGGGCUAUGGUUUUCCGAUUGCAAGUAAUGAGUUCUUUGUCCCGCUUUUGGGUUUCUGGUAGUGUUUUUGGUUGAAUAGCCGGUAAUUAGUAGCCUUUAGCAUUAAGUGGAAUUGAAGCUGAUUUCAUUUCCGAAAGUAUGCACGGUUCGUUGAGAGCCGACUGGCCGAGAGCCUUUUUAUGAACGAGUUCAGGAUUUUGGAAGGAAAUGUAAUCGUUGUGUUACCAUUCAUUCUCCAACACGAAAACACGCCAUUCAGUGUAGUAAUUGUGCGUUAUUUUUAGUUAAAAAAAACAUACAUAAUGCAUUUUAUUUAUGUGCCUUUUGCGGUCGAUGUUUUUUGAUAGCAUUUAGUACAAGUUACAUGAGAAAAGAAAUACAGAAGCCAUCCUCAAUUGCUUAUAUUCUCAGUUUUUUUGAGGUGCAAACAAGAGAGCGCCGUACCUUGGGUGAACCAACUCCGGUUCCGGUUUCUCUAUCAUUAAGUACCUUCCCAUGAAAUGCCCUUCCAGACACCAUACGAGCUUAAGGAUUCGUUCAUGCGUGUUAUAGCAUCUUGAUUACUACUGACAGGUUGCUCCACAGACACCAAACACAUACGCCCGCAACAAUGGCGCGUGUUAUCGUGGCGACUCUAACCAUAUUGUCCUGUUUUGUUUUGCCUGUUCCUUUCCGGAAGAUUCCACACCAUUGCGAUGGUGGCGAUGGAAUUCUAUUUUCGUUUGCGGAAUAAAGUAAACUGCCGUGUGUAGAUAAUAAUUUAUCACAUUCGAUCGAGAGUCAACCAUCGAUUAUCGAUCCUUUUUCGAGGGAGAGAGGGAGGUUGAAAACGAAUAGUUACGCAGACGGAGAGCUCCAGUGAGAGACACAUUUUGCUAUAACAGAACCACUUUAACGCUUUGUUGAAGAUUUCAACGAAUGAUAGUUAAUUUGACUUUAAUGUGUUUCUAAUUCCUAUCAUCAGACCACCGCAUGGUGACGUAAAUCUUGUCCAACGUGAAUGGUGAAGUGAUCAAGCUUACCUUUUCAGAUUUCUAUUUCAUUUCUAAGCUUUUUGUUUUACCCAAGGAAAGAGAGCUAAUUCCUGCUCUGAAUUCGAGUGUGUCCACAGCAUGUGUGAUGCAACCAAUCUCAAUCGAUAAUAGCUUCCCACCGAAACACUCACCGUUACUAAUAACCAUUACAUCCUCAUCUCAUUUCGUCCACCGUAAAGAUCCUCAGCGAAUGUCUACGUUUGAUUUGCAACUAGAAAAUAAAAAAAUAAAAGAACAGGGAUAGUUAACGUAUGUUUGCAGGAAGGAAUUGUGUGAAGAUUGUACUGCGUUACAUCAUGCCGUGUAAGUAAAAAAAACGAAACAUGAGCUAAAUUAUUAACUGGUAUAAAUCUUACUGCGAUUACUACAAAAUGGCCGAAAGUACAUUUAACCGUGACAGCCGCAAAAAAACAGCCGAAGCUAACAAAUAGCAAAAGUGUGUGUUAGAUGAGUAUUUUAGUAUAUAUAUUUUUUUAUUAUUUUAUUUGUCUUAUCCCUUCGUCUAUAAACUGACUGGUAAUAAUGCUUUAAAACCGUGCAACACACACAUGAGUACUAAACUACACAAAUAGUAAGAGAAAUUUAAUAUGUAAACGAUAUUCUUAGCUGAAAGCAGUACGAUCCUUUUCAAACUCACUGUGGUAGAAUGGAGAAGAUAUGAAGCACACUAGAAAGGACACAAUAAACCGAAGCCCGAGGAGCAUAAUCAAUUAAUCGAAAUGGUGCUUUGGUGUGGAUACCAAAAACAAAAAAAAAAGAAAAACGGUGCGGAGUUGGAAAAACGCUAAACAAAAAACAAAAUACUAGAUAAACAAAAAUAACUCGAACGCCUUCGUACGCCCAUAACAGUUACCAAAUAAUAUGUUGGCUCUUCCAAAUUGGUUUCCACUCGGUUGGGAAGUAAGUCUUAUUUUUCUACAAAAUGGUACGAGAUUUAGUAAAUUGUAAGGAAGUGAAGCAGACGAAUUAAAAAAAAACGGAAUGAAAGGAAAUUAUUUUUGCUACAAAGAAAAACAUUCUAUUUCAAACAAACACAUUUUAAAUGAGCUGAAAGUUAACUAAAUUCUACGUAGUAGCGUGUUCUUCUAAGACAAAAACACACACACACACACCACGGGGUACUUGAAAAGGCAGCCUGAGCUUUCACAGAAGGCAUCUUAUUUACUAAGUAUAGCUAAGUACAACUCCUAUUUGAUGGGCUUGAUGAAUUUCACCUCUCCGUGCGUAGAGACUCUAUUUACUGUAAAAAAAUGGGCAUUUGCAACAAGCAAACAAAAAAACACAACAAAACAGUACAUCGAACCACGGGGAGAAGUUACACACUAGUUGACAUCAGACACCAUGACCAUGGAUGAUAGGGAUAGAGAGGUAGGCGACAAAAAAAAAUCGAAAGUGAAACCCCGAAUUUGCAUUCAAUGUAAAACGUGUCAAGAAAUCAAAAUCUAUCGCUUAUAAAAUAGGACAGUUUUGUCGGGUGAGAAUGUGGGAAGACAUAUUUUUAGGCAGACGCUUCAUCUACUGCUGCCGUGCCAUCCAUUUGUGGAUAUUUGAUGUAUUAAUUGAUUGUCACGACGCGAAACGAAAUUCUCCACUACACCGUUCCUUAAGGGUGGCAGGUAUCGACACAGCAAUCGACCAAAUAGGACCAGACGCACUUGCCGCGUGUGCAGUGGAACCGUGUGUUAGGGUACGCACUUUAAAUCAGUUCACGAACAAAGACCCCUGGCGCAAUGAGCGACACGUACGUAAUGUAGAAAAUUGGCAACAAUAACUAGUUGAUCGGUUUUUCCCUCCAUCCCUUCGAUGCCAUUGAACCCGCAACAUUAUCAUCAACAUCAGCUGCCUCUGUUGUUCCCGUGCGCAAAACGAAAAAAGAAAAACAUAAGUCCACCACACACAUGCCAAUCGAUCCAGAACCCUACCCGAAUAGAAGAAGCCUGCAAUAUGCAUGUAAGCCAUGCACGCCAGCGAAGAAUGUAGAAGCAAAAACACAAAAACAUAUUCGCGAUGGACGCGAACAUGCAAUGCAACAACCUGAACCUCUGGUCUGAGCUUGAGACAUGAGCUUCUGCCGCACCAUUGUUGAAUCGAACUGGUUUUUUGAAUUCAGUGUGUGUUUGUGUGUUGCAAUGUGUACUAGAACGAAGGGCAUUUCAGCAAAGGUACAAGGGGGCCACGGUGAACGUCAAGAGACAAGGAGCCAUGUUUCGCUACUAAAACACUUCGUUCGCACCGAAGGUCGUCUGCGAGGGUGGGUAAAGCUGGUGCGUGAAGCUAGGAUGGGGUGGGGUAAAGGGGUGCUGGAAAAGGGAAAGUAAAUCGUUACAAACUAGUUCGUAUACCACACCGGUGUGUGAGUGUGCGCGGUUUGACACUUGAAGCAUAACCGAAGAACAUGUUCUCUAGCGCGAAAUGAUCGCAUCGAGCAGAAGGCAGAAUCUCAACCUGCAGGUGACGCACGUCGAACAGGGAAAUCAAAUGCAGGAAGCGAUUUAAGCAUUUGCGAUUGAAGUCACUUUAGUCCUUAGAAGGGGGGUUUUCGUUCGAAACCGAUCCUUCUCAUCCCCUCCCCCAAAAAAGAAGCCUUUAGUCGAUUGAUAUUAAUGCCACUACGAAGAUGAUGAUGUGUAUCACAGAUACAGUUUUAUUUAUUUUAGCAAAACGAACCAUCGUCUCUCUCUCUCUCUGUCUUCUUACACGAUAAUGAAUAGAGCGCAACCGAUAGGGAGAACUAGAAUUUGAAGGAGAUUCAAAAACCCAUGCUCACCAAUGCACCACCAACGGUAAUACAGCAUACGAUGUGUAGCGGUUAAGUUGGCUACACCUAUACCUUAAAAGCAAACCGUACGUGUUUAAGCAACAGAUAAGUGUUUAGUGGCGAUAAAUGAGCUGUUACGUCUAAGUUGAAAGCUAAAAGUGUGCGAAGGAUGAAAAAAAACAACCGAAGGAGCAAAUAGAGAAAGAGACUAAAAAUGAAUGCGAUACUAAAAUCAAAGAAUCGAAAUGUUGAGUAGUUUUAUGCUCGGAAAGUUUAAACAAAAUGAAACAAUUAAACAUUUAAAAAAAAAGUACAUACAUACAAAAGAAAAUCAAAACAAAAAACCACACCACUAAUUGAAGUAAUAAAAGCAGCAAAGAUAUGAAAAAUAA